AUGGCCUUGUACAAACACAACAAAUAUGAAAAAACAUUUGAUGUUGAAACAUCCAUCAAAAUUAGCAGUGUAAGCACAAGAACAACAGCCUAUGGUAACGCUGUAAACUUAAGUGUACAUCUUGAAGAAGUAAUUCAACGUUGGGGAAUAACAAAGGAUAAAAUUGUUGCAGUUGUUUCUGAUGGUGCAAGUAAUAUUGUUAAAUGCAUUAAUGAUACAUUUGGCCAUGAUAAAGCUUUAGUUUGCUAUGCACACAAAUUAAAUCUCUUAGUACAGUGUGCAUUGUCAAGUUCAGAAGAAUUUACUAAAAUUGUACAGAAAGUUAARUCAAUAGUCACAUUUUUUAAACAUAGUGUUAAAGCUUCUGACAUACYAAGACUCAUACAAUUAAAUGGAGGUAAAAGUGAAGGUACAUGUUUGAAGCUUAAACAAGAAUGUCCAACUCGAUGGAAUUCYYUAUUCUAUAUGUUACAAAGAUUUUUAGAAUUGAUAGAAGUUGUUAGUACUACUCUGUUAAGAGUUUCAGGUGCACCAUUAAUGCUAUCCGAAUAUGAAAUUAGAGUUCUUACAGAAGGAGUAAAACUUCUUUGUCCAUUUGAACUUGCAACUAAAGAAUUUUCAACAGAAAAGCAUUUAUCUGCAAGUAAAGUGAUUCCAUUAAAAGCUAUGUUGAAUAAAAAAUUAUAUAAUAUAACAUGCACAACUAAAGAAGCAAAAUAUUUAUUAGAUCAACUCCAAAUAGAAUUUUAUAAACGUUUUCAUGAUGUAGAAAAAAUUAGAUUACUAGCAGUAUCUACAAUUUUAGAUCCUCGAUUCAAACGUAUUCAUUUUGAARGACCAUUAAAUGCAGCUAAUGCAGUUGGUUUUAUAUGUGACGAAAUUAAAAGUACAAAUAAUCAUCCUAAUAAUUCAAAUCAACCUGAAGCUGAACUAACUUCCAACAUCAGGCCACAAGUUACCCAAGAAAGUUUAUGGGAUGACCAUGAUUUGCAAGUUUCCCAGCAUGUCUUUCUACUACAGAUGACUCAACAUAUUUAUCUUCCAUUAAAUUAUAUCUUCAAUCUAAUAUUGAAGAUCGUACAAGUUCACCAGUUACAUUUUGGGAAAAUACCCAUURCAAAUGUCUUUCAAAUUUGGGACUGA